CGCCAGCGAAGUGUAGUGCUCUGCGUCUGGGCCGCGCAGCCGAGCCUCGAGGGCUGUCACCUUGGUGGAGGCCUCGCUUGUGGCGAAGCACUGGGAGCCUAGGCCUCCACGAGCAGGAAAUCGAGUCUGCGGGGAUCCAGGAGAGGAUUAGUUUUGAGUGUCACUUAAUCCGAGAGGUCCUUCCGCAAUCGGAGCCCUCCAUAUGAGCCGAACUGAUAUAAACCUACUUAAGAGGCCUGGUUCCCAGGCGCUGAAGGAUGGAACGGGGCUCGGGAACGAAGCUGUUGCUGCUGCUGUGGGUGACUUGCUGCAGACGUGCAGGGGCAGAUGGCCCAAGCGGUUACACGUCGGUCAUCGAAGUGACCAACGGGGGUCCCUGGGGAGAAUGGGCCUGGCCUGAGAUGUGUCCUGUCGGAUUCUUCGCCAGCGGGUUCUCGCUCAAGGUGGAGCCCCCCCAAGGCAUUCCUGGCGACGACACGGCUCUGAACGGCAUCCGGCUGCACUGCGCGCGCGGGAAUGCCCAGCGCAACACGCAUGUGGUGGAGUCCCAGUCUGGAAGGUGGGGCGCGUGGAGUGAGCCGCUGUGGUGUCCCGGCGGCGGCUUCCUAGUGGCCUUCUCGCUUCGCGUGGAGGCACCCGUGACCCCCGGGGACAACACAGCAGCUAACAACGUGCGCUUCCGCUGCUCCGACGGCACGGAAAUGGAGGGGCCUGGGCUGAGCUGGGGAGAGUAUGGAGACUGGAGCGACCCAUGCCCCAAAGGCUCCUGCGGCCUGCAGACCAAGAUCGAGGGACCUAGAGGUCUCCGCGAUGACACGGCGCUGAACGACGCGCGCUUAUUCUGCUGCCACAGUUGACACCGCCGCCGCCCUCUCCGCUACCCAAAGGCUAGUCCCACGUCCCGCUAUUAAAGCUUCUAGG